AUGGUCUUCGGAUCUCCUUUAAGGAUACCAGGUGCAUUCUUAGUGCCACGUAGCAGUACUACCAGUGAGACAGAGUUUGCAGAAUCCCUACGUAAGGCUUUACUAGAUUUGCCUGUGACAAAGCCGCAACGUCAUGGAGUUAAACAACAUUUUAUACAGCCAGCACUGAAAGAUUGUAAGUAUGUAUUUGUUCGACUUGAUCGUGUGCGAGCUCCUUUAGAACCUAGUUACGAAGGUCCAUUCGAAGUUUUGUCCAGAAACGAAAAGCAUUUCGUCGUCAAAAUGAAUCAACGUGAAUCAAAAAUAUCAAUCGAUCGCUUAAAAGCCACAUUUAUUUAUAAUGAUGUUCCAGAUUCUACGGCAACAUCACAACACAAUGACAGCGAGGAUCUACAACAGAACGACAACGAUGAAAUACAAUACAAUACCAACGAGGAACCACAACACAGUCCAGUUCCGAACCACAACAUAGCAGUGACGAGCCAAAUGUUUCAGCUCACGAGAAUAAUGAAAUAG